CCCUCAUCCCUGCCCCUGCCCACCUCUUCUCUUUCUCAGCAGCGUCUGCACACGCGCACCGUCCGCGCACAUGCCAGCCACCUCGCUGCCAGGGCCCUCGGGCAGCGUGCCUCAGGCCGUGCCCGACGUGCCCGGCGCGCGCGUCGACGAGCAGCGCAGCGAGAGCCUCAAGGCGCACGUCGCCAAGCUGUGCCAGCUGCAGCAUACUCGCUUCCCCGGCGCACAGCCCGUCUCGUUCACCAAGGCCUCGCUCGACCUGCUUCUCACAGAAGACUUCUGGGUCUGUGAGAAGUCAGAUGGGCAGCGUGUGCUUGUCCUGAUCGCAUGGAACAAGUUUGCGCAUCGGCAAGAGGUCUUUCUCAUCGAUCGCAAGAACAUCUAUCGCGAGCAGAGCCGCGCUCUCUUCUUUCCGCACUUUGAGAAGCCGCGCGGCAAGCCCGAGGACCGCAUCGUGCAGGACAUCGGCAGCCGCUGGAAGGCGCUGCAUGAGACGGUGCUGGAUGGAGAGCUGGUGUGGGACACGCUGAAGGACGGACGCCGCAAGCUGCGGCUGCUCCUCUUCGAUGCGCUCGUCAUCGACGGCCAGAACAUGGCCUCGCGCACGCUCGAGAAGCGCUACGGCCGGCUGCAAGCGUACGUGUACAAGCCCUUUGUCGACUUCAUGCGAGAGAACCCACAGCGAGCGCGCGAUAUGGACUUCGAAAUCUUCGUCAAGACGAUGGACCUCGGCUACGGCAUUCAAGCGGUGCUCAAGGACCGGAUACCGCGGCUCGAGCACGGCAACGACGGCCUGAUCUUCACAUGCAUCACCAGCGGCUACACCUGCGGCACAGACUCCAAGAUCAUCAAGUGGAAGCCGCCGUACGAAAACACCAUCGACUUCAAGCUGCGCCUGCGCUUUCCGCCAGACCUGGCCGUUGAUCCGCGCGGCAAUGUGCCAGACCUGUCUGCCAAGCCCUUCUUCGCUCUGGACCAGUUCGUCGGCCGGGAGCGCGGCUCGACGUCCGACGGCUACGAGUACUUUGACUGGCUGCACGUGGAGGACGAUGAGUGGGAGCAGAUGAAGGCGAGCGGCCAGCAGUUCGACGAUGUCGUCGUCGAGGUCUCGUGGGACCUCAAAGGCGGCCCGCUUUCCGCGGACGGCGAACCGACGCCAGGCUGGCGGCUGCAUCGGGUGCGCGACGACAAGCACGACGGCAAUCACCACACCAUCGUGCAGAAGAUCAUCACAUCGAUCGAGGACGGCGUCGAGGAGGACGAGCUGGUCGGCGCCGAGCAGGAGAUGCGCCGAGCGUGGAAGUCAGAGGAGCGCACGCGCAUCAGGAAAGCCGGCCUCGUGCAGAGUCGGACAGAGGCGCCGAGUCGGCCAGAGGCGCCGGCAGGGCGGAGAAUGGGGCCUGGGCCGCCGAUGCGCGGCGUGCCGCCACCGGGGCUCAAGCGGUAGCGGCAAAUGCACAUAUACCAGACGGCACCGCCACGACGUCAGGCGGCCGAUGGGUGACAAGGUACGAUUAUGUGCUACGGCUAGAGUACAUGCUGGGGUCGCGAGUGGGCCUAAGG